AUGGAAGAGCAUUCCUUCAGCGAAUUGUCUAGCUCCUUAGGGGCGGGUUGUUUCGAAACAUGUCCCCAAAGGGGGCCAGGAGUGACCCUCCUGCAGAGUGAGCUGAAGCAGAUACAGGCCAUUGCUUCGGGAAUUCCCGAAGAUUCGGACCCUCAAAGGCAAAUCGAGCUGCAACGCAUGGCACAAAAACAGAAAGAAGCAGCAGAAAGAGUUUCGGGAUGGCAAAACUUGCUCUGCAACGCAAGACAACGCAGACUGCACGAGCGCGAAGAGCAGCAAAGACGAAGGGAAGAGGAGCUACUCAGGCAAGACCAAGAGGAACAAAAGCGCCGGCAACAGCUAGAAGAAGCUCUAAUCGAGAGAGCAGAAGCAGUGGCCUUAGGAAGAGAUGAAAAGGUUAGAACUUUCAUUCGGGCACAGAUGAUCGCCGAUACGAUAGCAGGGCAGAGAGAACAGCUGAGAUGGGCGGAGCAAAAGCGGUCCAUAGAACAGAUGCGUCAACUCGACUUACUGAGGGAACAGCAGAAUACGAACAGGCAACUAGCUGAGAGAGAGCAGCGUGACAAGCAGGAGCAGCAUGCGAAAGUCGUGCAAGCGCAAGCCAUUCUAAGGCAGCAAAUCAACGAGAUAGCCCAGCGGAAAAGACAGGAAGCCGACAAGCUAGCUUCCGAAGCUGAAGAAACUAAAAGACAACUGGAGGAGGAGCAACAAGCAGAACGCGACGCAGAGAAAGCAAAGCUUGCAGAGUCUAAACGACUUUACAGAGAACUCGUGAGGGCGAAUGAAGAACUUCAAGGUCGGAGAAAGGCGGCCGAAGCCCAGCAAAAAGCUGAAGAAGCCUUAGCUUUCGCGUGCGCUGCAAAACUUCAGCAGAGAGAGGCAAUGAUACGACGGAGGAGGGAAGAACUCCGGGCUUGGGCCCUGGAGAGAAGUGAACGGCUUACAGCUAAAGGAGCUGCAGCGCUGGCAAUUGCUCAGGCCGAAGAAGCAAGGCACCAAGAAAUUCAGGCUGCACGUUUUGAAGCAGAUGUCAAACAGGCAGAAGAGGCAAAACAGCUUAGGAGAGUGGCCAUGCAGCUGGAGCUGAGGGAGAGUCGAGACAACCAGGUUGAAGCAAAACGAAGGGAAAGGGAGAGAAAGACAAGGGAAGACGCAGAAUAUGCUGAAUCCCUUCAACAGGCAGCAGCUGCGGCGCAAGCAGAAGAAGAACGAAAGCUUCGGGAGCAGCGCCUCAACCGUUGGAAAGUAGGGGAGGAGCAGAAGCGUCAGGCAAGGGAAAGGCAAGAGUCGAAAAAGCAGCAGCGGGAGCAAGCUCUUGAGGAGGAGAGGAAGGCGAACGCCAAACUACGCGAAGCAGACCUUGCUUUGCAGCGUUUCGCUGAACAGGGCAUUGCAGCAGCAAAAGCAGCUGGAGCAGACUGGCGCAUCCUGGAAAAGGCCAAAAACAGGUUGCUGCGUCAGAGCAGUUUAUAUGUACCUCUUAAAAGUAAGGAUGGCGAUGGGGACACAGCAGCUCCUCGAUCGCCGACACCCUGCAUAGAACAGGAUGCCAUCAACGUAGUUCGUGGAACCUCCGCUUGA